UUUAAGAAGUUCAUAAUAAAAAAAGUUCUACUUCCACAAUCACAUGCCAACAUUGGCGCCAAAUCUAAAAUUUACCUACUGAGAAUACUCUUUGAAGGACAAUGGUGGGAGCAGAAUCAACCGAUACACUGUGGUUAUCUCUAUUUUAAGUCGCAUACGAUCCAUAUCAGGAGCCGAUUGCUCCUGUUCAUGUUCAGGAUAUAUAAGCCUAGGAGCUUAUUUUAAAAAGCGUAUGAAAUUGCCACUACUACCUGUUUAG